AGCGCGUCCAUUGUUCUCCUGCUUCCCUCCCUCGCCACCGCGCACGGUACCUGUGCUCUCCACAACGAUCACCCUCGAGUAGCACUUCAGGAGUCACUGGAACUUUGGCGGAUACUUCCGUACUCUGAGCGGGCGCGACUUAACCACAAGAACGCGCCUUCCCCGCCAGCAUGCGCUUCACCAAACCAGCUUGGGUCAUCCACGACGUCGCCAAUGCUCGAGGAGACCAAACGAAGGCGAAGAGAGCUACUAUAUACUCCGUACACGUCCACCCGGAUGGCUCACGAAUCGCAACUGGCGGCCUCGACGCGAAGAUCCGCAUCUGGAGCACCAAACCGAUCUUGAACUCCGCCUCUGAAUUGUCGAACAAGCCCCCUAAGCUACUAUGCACGCUCACGAUGCAUACGGGGCCGGUGCUGACGGUGCGGUGGGCACAUUCGGGGAGGUGGCUGGCGAGCGGGAGUGAUGAUGCUAUUGUGAUGAUCUGGGAUUUGGAUCCAAGAGGAAGGGGACGCGUAUGGGGGUCGGAUGAGGUGAACUACGAAGGAUGGAAGCCGCUCAAGCGUCUACCAGGACAUGACAGUGAUGUAACGGACGUAGCCUGGUCUCCUGGAGAUCGCUACCUAGCUUCCGUCGGACUUGAUUCGCGCGUCAUCAUCUGGUGCGGGUUUACGCUGGAGUGCUUGCACCGGCUCGACCAGCACCAGGGCUUUGUCAAGGGUGUAUGCUGGGACCCAGUGGGCGAAUUCCUGGCAACUCAGUCGGACGAUAGGUCGGUGAAGAUCUGGCGGACGUCGGACUGGGGGCUCGAAGCGGAGGUAACCAAGCCUUUCGAAGACUCGCCGGGGAGCACGUUCUUCAGACGGUUGAGCUGGUCACCAGAUGGCGCGCACAUCACGGCGUCCAAUGCCACCAAUAACAAGGGCUUCGUGUUCAUCGCGGCUGUCAUCACGCGGAAUUCUUGGACCUCUGAGAUCAGCCUGGUCGGGCAUGAAAACACCGUUGAAGUUGCUUCCUACAACCCCCACAUAUUCCUGCGCGAUCCUAGCAAACCCGUGGCGACGUCGAAUAUCUGCUCUGUUGUAGCACUAGGUGCUGACGACCGCUCUGUCUCGGUAUGGCAAACAAAGUCGGCGCGACCACUGAUUGUGGCGAAGGAGGUGUUUGAGAGGCAAAUUAUGGAUCUCAGUUGGUCAUGGGACGGCUUCUCCUUGUAUGCCGUAUCUUCGGACGGAACCCUCGCUGCCUUUCACUUCGACCCCGAGGAACUCGCUGGGCUGGCGCCACACUCGGUGCAAGAUCAAUAUUUGACGAAGUUUGGUUACGUCCCACCCCCACUUCCCGAGGGCUUCUCGCACAACGCGCCCCCGCCGCAAAUGACACCACCGCCUUCUCCGGGCCGCCAGCAGCCAGCAGCCUUACCCAAUAUCAACGGGAACGCAAACCCCAGUGUCAAUGGCCCUCCACCAUCGACUGCGAACGUCAACGGCGAGCGCGUCAAUGUACUCGUUGCCAAGCGUAGUCAAAAGAAACGCAAUGGUGGCACACUCCGGACGGCCAACGCGCUUCCGCCACAGCCGCCGAGCCCAUCGAGAGGGAUGGGAGGUAGGGAUCACCCAAUGGCGCCGGCGAUGGCAGGUCCCUCGAGGACGUCGUCCUCGUCCAUGGGCUCCGCGUCGGCGUUCGAGAGUGCUUCCGCUUUCGACAACCCGUCAGUGUACGAGAGCGCGUCCAUGCGUUCGUCCUUCUUCGCGCCACCCGAGCAGCCGAGGGACCGCAGCGAGUGGGGCAUGGACACGGACGACGUGCGCAUCGACGCGCUCGAUAACGUGAUGGCGUCGCCGCUCGGGAUGAAGGGCAAGCGCAAGGCGUCCACGCCGCACGAUGAAGCGAAGCCCAGUGCGCGGACGCUGGGUGGGGACCGGCCGGUGCCGCAGGGCCAGGUGCACGCCCGACAGCUGGCCGCAGGGGGGAUGAUAGCGACGUGGGGGACGGAGGCACCGAAGCUGCCAAUGCCCAGACUAUUGACGUAUCUGUCGGCGGAGGUGGAGGGGACGCAGGAUACGUUCGACGCGGUGAACUCGGAUAAUGAUGCGCCAACGGAGGUCAUGGGCAUCAGCCGGAAGCAGACGAUGUGGCUGGACUAUCUGCCGUCGCCGGCGUUGUUGUUGCAAGCGACGCCGUUCUAUUGUGCGGUGGCGAUGGUAGACGGAAGUGUGAAUGUGUAUACACAUACGGGAAGGAGAUUGAUGCCUACAAUAGCACUUGGGUCCCCCGCGGCGUUUAUGGACGGCUAUAGGCAUGCACUCAUGGUCAUCACCGCAGCGGGGCAGGUGUACUCCUGGGACGUCAAGAGCGGCAAGGCCUUCUUCCCGCCCGUCUCCGUCACCCCCGUCCUCCAGCCCGACCAGAACAUCGUCGCCGCCUCCGUCCGCCACAACGGGGUCCCCGUCCUCAAUACCUCCGCCGGCACCGCGUACGCGCACGACCCGAGCCUCUCGACGUGGGUCAAGGUCAGCGAGCGAUGGUGGUCCGAGGGCUCGAACGCAUGGUCGGGGCGGCAGCGCUCGAACACGCAGCACGCGAUUCGCGGGCCGAUGGCGGCGAUCGAGAGCAGCAUCUCGGUGCUGGAUGAGAGCGCGGCGGUGAAGCCGCGGCCGCAGUGGUGGGAGUCGGCGCUGACGCUGGGGCAUUUGGAGACGCGGAUGCUGUCGACGAGGUUGUUGGAUAGCCCGCAGGAGUAUAAGCAGGCUUUGUUGGUCUACGCGAAGAGGAUAGCGGACGAGGGCUUCAGGGGGAAGGCGGAGGAGCUGGCGAAGGAAUUGUUCGGGCCAAUAUACUGGCGCCCGGGUCGAAACGACACGAGCUGGUCUCCCACUGUCCUGGGCUUGGCGAAGCGGGAUUUGCUAAAGGAAGUGCUCUCGAUAUUCGUUCGUAGCAGGACACUGUCAAAACUCGGCAUGGACUACCAGGACAUGCUGAAGAAGUCGAUUUCAGAGGAAUGAGUAGCGUAUCGAGUCCAAGUCUCUUGGGUAUCAUUAUUUGUCUGUUUUAUACUGCCGCCACGAUUGCGUGCCAUUCGACUGUCCGCAGGGCCAGGGCGGUGACGGCUAGGCUGUCUGCGACUACAGACAACCUAGACCGUCACAGCGCUGGCCGUGGGUGUCGCUGAGCUGGCGCGUCCAUGAGCGUGCGAGGUCGAAGUGAGGGACAAAGGCCCGCCGCGCUGCCGAUCACAAAGACGAGCAAACUUUCCGCGCCGGCGAACCCCGAGCCGGCGGGCGGAC